AUGGCAGGUGGAGGAGGAGAAGAUCAAGUAAAACUCGAGUUCACUCCUACAUGGAUCGUCGCAGCUAUUUGCGCUGGCGUCGUGUUAAUCUCUCUGCUUGUCGAGCAUCUCCUCAAUUUCCUCGGAAAACUUCUGCAGAGAAAGAAACAAAAGGCGCUAUACGAAGCCCUACAGAAAGUGAAAUCAGAAUUGAUGUUGUUGGGGUUCAUAUCUCUACUCUUGGUGGUGUUUCAAGGAACAAUCCAAAAAGUUUGCAUCCCUAAGAACAUUAUACAGCAUAUGCUCCCUUGUAAAUAUUCCGAUGAGGCGGCUGCUCAGGCUUUCACUUCUCUGAUUCAUGUCAAUGGCCGACGAUUGCUGGCAAGCUCUGGCUCUGGCUCAAUCUGCAAAAAGGGUAAAGUUCCAGUGCUCUCUGUUGAAGCCAUCCAUGAGAUGCACCUCUUCAUCUUUGUUUUAGCAAUAACUCAUGUGACCCUCAGUGGUCUUACUUUGUUUUUUGGAGGGUUAAAGAUGCGACAAUGGAGGCGUUGGGAAGAAUCAAUUCAGAAUAAUGUCAAAGUUCACGUUUCACCCUCCAAAAAAACUAUGUUUACAACUUUAAGGGACAUCCCUAAUGGUAUUAGUGAUGAUCGAGGGAUAAUAUUAAGUUGGUUGAGUUCAUUUUUCAAACAGUUCUAUGGAUCAGUAUCCAAAUCUGACUACACUACAAUGAGACACUAUUUUGUAAUGACUCAUUGCAGGGGCAACCAAAAAUUUAAUUUUCAAACGUACAUGGUACGAGCCCUUGAAUCAGAUUUUGAGAAAGUUGUUGGUCUAAGUUGGUACCUUUGGAUUUUAGUGGUGGUCUUGCUGUUGAUUAAUGCUUACGGAUGGCAUGCAUAUUUUUGGAUAUCACUUGUUCCUUUAGUUGUACUACUUACUGUAGGCACAAAACUGGAGCAUAUAAUCAUUCAGUCCGCUCACGAGAUCGCAGAGCAGCAGCUAGCUAUUGAAGGUGGUCUGGCUGUUAAUAUUACAGAUGACCACUUUUGGUUUCAUAGACCGAGAAUUAUGCUCUUCUUCAUUCACUUCAUACUUUUCCAAAAUGCCUUUGAGGUUGCAGUUUUCUUCUGGGUAUUGAUAACGUAUGGAAUUGAUUCUUGCGUCAUGGAUAAACCUGGAUUUAUCGCCUCCAGACUUCUAAUCAGUGUGUUUGUACAAAUAAUCUGCAGUUACAGCACACUACCACUCUAUGCCUUUGUAGCCCAGAUGGGGAGUGCACUAAAAGGUGUCAUAUUUGAGGAGCAUUUUCAAGAAAGCCUCGCUGGUUUGAGCCGUAACUCAAAAAGGAGGAAGAGUAAGAGAGUGGUUGACGAAGAUAGCGCACAAAGUUCUAUGGAGUUAGAGAAUGCGUCAGCGAUAAGUGAAAACGCGGAUGUUCGCAAGAAUUCGCUUAUGGAGCUGAUGAGAAAAUACAAGGAUUCCGUGACCGAAGAUAUCAUUCAGGAAAUAUUGGAAGCAGAGAAUGUGCCUUCUAAAAGUGAGAUUGUGGAAGCUCAAACUGUCGAGCAAGGGGAUGAAACCUGAACAAUAUAUGUACGUUGAUCUAAUGCAAUUUUACCGGUAUCUCUAUUUAAGUUAGGUACGGUUGAAACAGUAAAAAAUAGCUGUACUUAAUACAUGUAUUGUGGUGAGCUACAAUUUUGUUUGUGAAUAGACGUAGAUGUUGUAUUAUGGAUUUCCAAGAAGGGGAUAUUGGAAACUUCUAUUUGUAUAGAUUUCGUAGGAAUUGAUUUGAAAGGUGAAAGUGAACCUUGUACCAAAUACAA